CCAGGUGAAAAAUGCAACCAACCAAAUCGUGAUGAACUGCGCCGACAUCGACAUCAUCACGGCUUCCUACGCGCCGGAAGGGGACGAAGAGGUUCACGCCACGGGGUUCAACUACCAAAACGAGGAUGAAAAGGUUACUCUCUCCUUUCCCAGUACCCUGCAGAAAGGGACAGGGACACUAAAGAUAGACUUUGUAGGGGAGCUGAAUGAUAAAAUGAAAGGUUUUUACCGGAGUAAAUACACCACCCCCACCGGAGACACCCGCUACGCUGCUGUCACUCAGUUCGAGGCUACUGAUGCUCGCAGAGCUUUCCCUUGCUGGGAUGAACCUGCUAUUAAGGCAACAUUUGAUAUUUCUUUGGUGGUUCCUAAAGACAGAGUAGCUUUGUCAAAUAUGAACGUGGUGGACAGGAAGCCCUACCCGGACGACGAGAACCUGGUGGAGGUGAAGUUCGCCAGGACCCCCGUGAUGUCCACGUACCUGGUGGCCUUCGUGGUGGGCGAGUACGACUUCGUGGAGGCGCGAUCCCAGGACGGGGUCCUGGUCCGGGUCUACACCCCCGUGGGCAAAGCGGAGCAAGGAAAGUUUGCCUUGGAGGUUGCUGCUAAAACUCUGCCUUUUUAUAAGGACUACUUCAAUGUUCCUUACCCUCUUCCUAAAAUUGAUCUCAUAGCUAUUGCAGACUUUGCUGCUGGUGCCAUGGAGAACUGGGGCCUUGUUACUUAUAGGGAGACAGCUCUGCUCAUUGACCCCAAAAAUUCCUGUUCUUCAUCUCGCCAGUGGGUUGCUCUGGUUGUGGGACAUGAACUGGCUCAUCAGUGGUUUGGAAACCUUGUGACCAUGGAAUGGUGGACCCACCUGUGGCUGAAUGAGGGCUUUGCCUCAUGGAUUGAGUACCUGUGUGUGGAUCACUGCUUCCCAGAGUACGACAUCUGGACCCAGUUUGUCUCUGCCGACUACACACGGGCCCAGGAGCUCGAUGCCUUAGACAACAGCCACCCCAUUGAAGUCAGUGUGGGCCAUCCCUCCGAGGUGGAUGAAAUAUUUGAUGCCAUUUCCUACAGCAAGGGAGCCUCCGUGAUCCGGAUGCUGCACGACUACAUCGGGGAUGAGGAUUUCAGGAAAGGCAUGAAUUUGUACCUGACCAAGUUCCAGCAGAAAAACGCUGCCACAGAGGAUCUCUGGGAAAGCCUGGAAAAAGCCAGUGGCAAACCCAUUGCUGCUGUGAUGAACACGUGGACCAAACAAAUGGGAUUCCCACUCAUUUACGUGGAAGCUGAGCAGCAAGAAGAUGACAGAGUGUUGAAGUUAGUGCAGAAGAAGUUCUGUGCCAGUGGACCAUAUACUGGGGAGGAUUUCCCCAUGUGGAUGGUGCCCAUAAGUAUUUGCACAAGUGAUGACCCCACCUGUGCCAAAAUGCAGAUCCUGAUGGACAAACCAGAGCUCACUGUGGUUUUGAAAGACACCAAACCAGAGCAGUGGGUGAAGCUGAACCUGGGCACGGUGGGGUUUUUCCGCACGCAGUACAGCCCCGACAUGCUGGAGGCUCUGAUCCCGGCCAUCCAGGACCUCUCCCUGCCCCCUGUGGACAGGCUGGGCCUGCAGAACGACCUCUUCUCUCUGGCCCGAGCUGGGAUCAUCAGCACUGUGGAGGUUCUCAAAGUCAUGGAGGCCUUUGUGAACGAGCCCAACUACACGGUGUGGAGCGACCUGAGCUGCAACCUGGGCAUCCUGUCCACCCUCCUGUCCCACACCGACUUCCACGAGGACAUCCAGGCCUUCGUCAGGGACGUCUUCUCCCCCAUCGGGGAGAGGCUGGGCUGGGACCCCCGGCCUGGGGAGGGUCACCUAGAUGCCCUUCUGAGGGGUCUGGUCUUGGGAAAACUGGGAAAAGCUGGGCACAAGGCAACGUUAGAAGAGGCCCGACGCCGGUUUAAGGACCACGUGGAAGGAAAACACAUCCUGUCAGCUGACCUGAGGAGUCCUGUCUAUGUGACGGUGUUGAAGCACGGGGACAGCUCCACUUUGGACACCAUGCUGAAGCUCCACAAGCAGGCAGACAUGCAGGAGGAGAAGAACAGAAUUGAACGUGUUCUUGGAGCCAUCUCUCAGCCAGAACUGAUUCAAAAAGUUCUCACCUUUGCACUUUCAGAAGAGGUACGUCCCCAGGACACGGUGUCGGUGAUCGGAGGAGUUGCUGGAGGCAGCAAGCAGGGCAGGAAAGCUGCUUGGAAAUUUGUAAGGGACAACUGGGAGGAACUUUAUAACCGAUACCAAGGGGGAUUCUUAAUAUCCAGACUAAUAAAGCUCACAGUGGAUGGAUUUGCAAAUGAUAAAAUGGCUGCAGAAGUGAAGGUAAGAGCCAUUAAUUAAAGAAGUGGUUAAUUA